AUUAUUACCAGUUGUUCUAGGCAGGUAAAUAUCGUCGCUUUAGUGAAUUAAUUUAUUUUUCUUUAAUGAUUUUUAAUACGUUUAUAAUGUUAUAGUACAAAAAUCGACGCCUGAAGAAUUUAUCUCCCCUUUGAUACAUUAAAAUGCAGGUCAUCAAUAAUGAUUUAUAAAAGUUAAAAGACUUUCUGUAAUGAAUUUAAAAACAUUCUCGACAUCGAGAAAUGGAGAGACAACAGUCUAAUUCACUUCAAAACUUUGAUGAACCUAAAACUGAAAUUUUGAAGAAAAGAUUAUUAAAAUCUGUUAGCGGCUCGGCCACCACUAACCUUUCGCAGAAUAGUUCGCAGCACAAUGUCUUACUGAAUACUUUACGCGCGCCGAUAUCGAGCAGCAUGAUCGUGUCCUCAGUGCAGGCCCCUCAGAGCUCCAUGCCUAUAACCCACAAUUUGGUUACCCACUCCAUAGCACCUAUGAAAAUUCAUGCUAACAAUGCAGGUUAUCCUCUGUUAUCAACUGUUCAUGUGCCAGUUCAAAUCCCAGGUUCUACUUCUAACAUAAAUGUCCCUGUCCAAUUAUCUGGACCAACUAGCACAGUGCCAUUACAAAUAGCACCAGUGAGUCUCCCUAUUCAGGUGUCGGGGACCACCACAGUGCCCGUUCAGUUACCAGCAGGGGAAACCAUAAAUGUUCCCCUUCAAAUCCCCGCGAAUCAGAAUAUCCAGUUAGCGGGACCAACAUUACCCUCUAUGCCACUUUUGCAAAACCCCACCCAACCACUACAUAGCUCCAUAAUUCAUGUUCACAUGGGUUCAAAUUCCCGACCUACUAAUAUGGAUGGGACAUCUGACAUGACUGUGUCAAGUUCCACACAGCUGCAGAUGCCUGAUUCUUCUGUCCAGGUUAAGUUGAAUAAUCCAACAAGUGUGUCCCAAGUGCAAAUGGGCCCCAAUCCGGCUGUUGUACAGAUUCCUAACUCAAGCAAUAACUCUAUUCAAUUGGCUCUGCCGAACACAGGUAACUCUGGCACUGUCCAGUUGCGUGGAGCCACAAGAACAAUGCCACACAUGGUGUACAUCCAGACGCCAACAGGCUUGAAACCGGUAACAAGCACAGAGGUGAUCAGUCAGGCCAGCACAAGUGGAAAUCCACCACAAAUCAUCGUGAGGAGACCUAUGAACAACAACUCCAAUAUUGUUUUAUCGAAGCCUAACAUUGCUCCAAAAGCUCCAUCAAAUAAGUCAUCAAUUUUGGCUCCAGUCAACCCGGCACAACCUAUAGUUAUCCAAAAACCAAAAGUGAAUGAAAAAAGAAUGUUGCCAGUUAGUUUAGGUACCGGAACAUCAGGGAAGCCAGCGAUUGCCUACUUAGGCUCAGUAAAAAAAUCCACAAACAAGACACCUGAAAAUCAAUCAAUACUAAUAUCUAAUAAUCAAUCUAAUGUUCAAUCAAGUAAUCAAAAACUAUUUUUAACUCCUAUGAAUAUGCCAAAGAUACAAAAUACAAAGUUUAUCUUGCCUGUAACCUUACCAACUGCCAUGGCCUCGAAAGGCCCUUUUAUCAAUCUACAAAUUGCCAACGGGCAGAUCCAAAAUGAUCCACAAGGCAGCAUCACAGUGAUGAGGGAUCCGACUCCAUUGGAAGCGUCAGAUAUGCCCCCACUUCAGCCUUUAGGUAAAGUUACUUCAAAUGGUAAAGAUAUUAGCUCUGUACCUCAGAGCCCUAAGAAUGAGAAAGCAUUCCCUUUUUCAAUAUCUGGCUCGAGAGCCGAGCCUACCGGUGCACAAGGAGAGUAUACUUUGUCAAUACCAGAAACAAAUGCUUCGAUGAAUGAAGAUGUUUACACAGUAUCAAUAGCUGAUGAUGAAAGUGGGCAAACUCAUGAGUCCUUCACUCUCUCCAUACCGGAGAAGGGGAAAAGUUUAUUGAACAGAAGCAUCCAGGACAGAGAUAUAGGACCUGGCCCGAUUGCCGCGCCGGCCAUUUUGCGGCGCUCAAACUCUGAUAACAGCGAUAGAAAAACUGCUAAUGCUAAUUUAAAACGACGCAUUUCUUUGUGCAAUGAAAACUUAUCUAACAAGAGCAUGAAGUUGACUUUGCCGCCUAAAAAGGAGAAACGUGAAGAACUACAUGACUCUGAUAAUAACGACGACCACCGCGUCCCCUCGCUGUUCUGUGAUGAAAAGUUAGACAAAGAUUUAGAGGCUAAAGUUAAUCUAGGUGAUUCAGAUAUAGAAGAUUAUAAAGACGCAAAAUCUGAGGCUAUUGAAACUAAUGAUCAUGAUGCGUAUUACCAAAAGGCCGAUUUGAAGAAAGAGAGUACUUACGUAAAGGAACUGUCAGAUGGAACAUCAGAAGAAGAGCCUCCAGGGUUGCUAUGGAACAAUGGUGUAGCUAUGCUGCACGGCAGUAACUUGCAUUUUCAGACUAAUGAAUUUGGUCUCAUUGAUUUGGUUGACAUCAAUGAUCAAGAGGAACACUCGGCUAAUCCGGGUGUUAAAUACCAGACUCCUUUGAAGCAGCGGGUCGAGAGGAAUAAUACUCAGAAGAAACGCACAUCGCCUGAAGAUAUGUACCGUUGUGAUGGCUGUGGAUGUCACGGAAUGGCAGCUGAAUUUAUCACACCUAAUUUCUGCAGUUCGACUUGCCAAACUGAAGUGGAGAAGGCUUUACAAAAGAAGAAGGACAAAGAACGAGCAGAGCAAACGAAAAAGAGGAAUAAACUAAAGAGAUUGUUUAUGAGGAAACAGCUCUCAGAGUCUGACAUGCUCCAAGAGAGUAAGGAUGAGAAAGUACCGUUGAAACAAUACGACUCGACCCCCGCCGAGACUCAGAGCGACGAUGUAAAGAUUGACGAUUUGGUUGUAAAUGAGAAAUACCCAUGGAUGUGCGGUAAAAACGGGUUUUCUUGGAUGAGGUAUCUGGACUUUUGUAAAGCUAAGGCAGUGCCGUGCAAAUUGUUCAAAGAUCCUUUUCCGCAACCGAAUAAGAAUGGUUUCAAAGUGGGGAUGCGUAUGGAAGCGAUAGAUCCUCAACACCCGUCGUUGUUUUGCGUGGUGUCUGUGGCCGAGGUCCAGGGCUAUCGCAUGCGACUUCACUUUGACGGGUACCCGGAUCUGUACGAUUACUGGGUGAAUGCGGACUCAAUAGACAUCUUCCCUGCGAGUUGGUGUGAGAAGAACGGGCGCACUCUGAAGCCUCCGAACGGCUUCAGCGCCGCCUCGUUCUCCUGGCCUCUGUACUUGAAGCAUAUCAGAGCUAUCGCCGCGCCGAAGAAUUUGUUUCUACAUGUCACAAACACGAUAUUCAAGCCGAACUGUUUCCGCGUGGGCAUGAAGUUGGAAGCAGAAGACCGUAAGAACGAGCUGGUUUGCGUGGCGUCCGUUGCAGACGUGAUGGACGGCCGGCUGCUAAUCAACUUCGACAGCUGGGACGAGAUGUAUGACUUCUGGGUCGACCCCACUUCCCCCUACAUACACCCCGUCGGCUGGGCAGAGGAUAAUGGCAUGUCGCUCACACCGCCUAACUUCUACAAAGACCCGGAGCAGUUCUCGUGGGAGAGCUACCUGUCAGACACGGGGUCGUCGCCGGCGCCGCCGCGCGCCUUCAAGCCGCGCCCGCCCAACGGCUUCAAGCCGGGGAUGAAGCUCGAGGUGGUCGACCCCAGGGUGCCGUUCCUGAUCCGAGUGGCCACCAUCAGCGAAGUGAAGGGCCACCAAGUGCGCGUCUCGUUCGACGGCUGGCCCGACGACCUGGCCAGCUGGAUGGACGAUGAUUCUCCAGACCUACAUCCCGUCGGCUGGUGCUUGAAGACUGGACAUCCGCUAGAACCACCGCUCACGGAAGAGGAGCUGCAAACCAAUGGGCCGUGCGGUGUGGGCGGAUGCCGCGGCCUGGGCUCCGUGCGCGGCGGCGCUCACAAGCAGCACGCGGCCGCGAGUGCGUGUCCCUAUCGGCCGCGUCGGCCCGCGCCGCCGCCCGACCGCCUCGCCGACCCUGACGACGGCUCCAGCGCCAGCAGGAGGGCCAUACCAAAACCGAUGAAAUCCCACUCUGUGCAUACCAGUACACCUACAAGUGAUUCAGCCAAAGACAAUGCAAAACCAAUGCGAGGAAGACCACCUAAACACAAGAGAGUUGAAGAAGUUACCAAGAAUGACCCAGCGUCGGACGAGGAGUCGGCGUCGAGCGGCGGCUGGAAGCGGCCGCACGUGGCGCAGCACGUGGCCGCGCUGGCGCUGUCCGCCGACCCCACGCUCUGGUCGCAGAAGGACGUGGCGGCGCUGCUGGGCCGCGUUGCGGGCGCCGCGGCGGGCGCGGCCGCGCUGAGCGCGCGAGUCUCCGGCGCGGAGCUGCUGAUGGCCUCCUGCGAGGAACUCGUCUCCUGUCUGCGGCUGCGUCUCGGCCCGGCCAUCAAGGUGUACUCAGCAGUGCGGCAGCUGAGAGAGACAGCCACGUGAUCGUCGGCGGUGGCCAUCGCGGCCAUCUUGCUCUAAGGGGACUCUGCUCACGUUCCCGACUGUCUCCACAUAUCGCGUGUGAAGUGUUGAAAGUGUAGUGCCAUUGUGGAUAUUGCAAUUUACUGGCUGAAGUGUCAUUCUAGCCAAAGUGAUGUUACGUAACUGAAGACUAUUGUUUUAGAAAAGAUACAUAUACUAAUGCCACAUAGUUUAAUUCGACAAUGAAAGUGACAUUUGUAAAAAGUAGAAGAAAUGUGGGACUAUGCUUCGAGUUUUGUACUUACCUUCCCCAAAUUGUGGUGCUGCGUAAAAUUGUAUAUUUUGCUCACUAAAGUCCCUAUGUCCCCUUCUCUAUGUCUGCGUUUUAAGUAGACUCUUCGCAGAAGAGAACAAGAAACAUUAUUUUAUUCUAGUUAAAAGAGUUCAGUCACUUGUUAUGUACAUAAUUAUAUUUAAGAUAUGUGGAGUCAAUUUACACUUGACAAUAUUAAACAAAUGACAUUAUAGAGGAUCAAGAUUUGCAUAAGCAAUAUCAGAAUUUGCACAAAAUGGGUUAUCUGUAAAUCAUGCUUUAAAUGCUGUGGUUGUGACUAAGCAAUUCUAUUUUGUGUAUGUUUUUACACAAAUAGGAAGUUUUCUCAUGUAUUGGCUGGUAAAUAUUUGGCAUAUGAUAUUAGUAAAAUAAUGUAUUGGUUUCCAUAACCAUUGGAAAAAUAUUAAACAAAUUGAAUGUAUAUUAUAUACUCCACUUGUAAAUAGGCAUUGGAUGCCAAAGUUUAUUGUUGUCUAUGUCUUAUAAGUAUUGUUAGAUUGUAGUAUUUCUUAAAUUGUAAAUAAUCAUUUUUUAAAUAAUAAGGUACCUAUCUUAGUGCAAUUUAGUGUUUAUUAUACUCAUCAAGCUAUUAUUUUUGUACUUUGAAGUUGCAUUUUCUGUUUAGAAGUACAUGUUUGGAAAUUUUCUUAUAAAUUGAAUGGAUUUAUCAAAUGUAUGUGAAUGAGUUUUGGCAUUCUGCUCUCAUAAUAAUAUUAGUAAAUAAAUAUUUUAGUUUAUUCAAUCAUUUUUUUGAUCAUAAUUAUUGUAUUGAAAAAUCUUGCACUGAUUUACAAAGCUAAUACUUUUGCUAACUAUUACUAUCGAAUUAAUAUAUUUUUUUUACUAUGUGGAGAUGUGCUUUUAAUCCUUGCUAAUUAAGCAUCAUAAUGUUUUAGUUCCUGGCUAUUUUGUGUAUGAAAUUGUUACAUAAUUUAUUUAGAUAUAUAAAUAAAUGUGGACAUACAGGCUAUUGAAGUUGUGGCCAUGUACAAAGUGAGAUAUUGGUAAAUAGUGUAAGUUUUUACACAAAUCUAGUAUUAAUAAGGAGAUGCCAUUUUAACGGCAUAUACUAUUAUUCUAAACUGUUGUUCCGUAAUAAUAAAAUUGAAAACGAAAUAUAA